AGAAUGCUAAUGCCGAGGUGGAUGUUAAAAGCAACAAAGGGCAUACUCCAUUAAGUGAGUUAGAUUAUCUCCAAUUGAAUGCUGCAUCAAAGGGGCAUGUUGAUAUCGUCGAAUAUCUGUUAGAUCGUGGUGGUGCAAAUCCACUUAUUAAAAAUAAUUUUGGAGAAACCGCAUAUGAUGCGGCUGCUACCUCUCAAGAAGUAUAUAUUUGUGAACUGCUAGAAAAAGCUGAACGUGAAUGGUGGAAGGGUAAAAAACCAGUACCAGAAGCGUCCUCCUUAAACGACCUUAUGCAUAUACCAGAUACGA